AAACCAAGGAGGUAAAAGACCUGUACUCAGAAAACUACAAGACACUGAAGAAAAAUUGAAGAACACACAAAUAAAUGGAAGAAUAUACCUUGCUCUUGGUAUAUUCACAUGGCAGUUAGAGCAGGAAUCUCGAUUAGCCCUCCUGCCAAGAUGAAACUGGGGCCACAAGGGUGGCAGUGAUCUGCCCAGGGCCAUGGGAUGUGUCAAGACAGUGCCAAGAAUGGGCCAUAGGUGCCCCAGGCCAAUGCGGGCUGUUGGCAAAGCAAUCACCCCCAAAAAUACUGUCUUCCUGCAUGAAGCCAGAUCCCCUCACCCACUCCACGGAUACCAGGUCCUGAGGCCCUUUGUAGAGGCAGCAAAUGAUCCAGCAGCACCAGCCUAUGGAGUCGCUUCCCUCCGGCUCCAGGACGCCAGGCCAGCCCAGAGCUGCCUCGUUCUCUCCACCCCAACCAGGCCUGCCCAGGACGCCACUCCUGUCCCACUGCGCCCCCUCCAAGGCAGGUGCACUGUUGAGUGAAAACCACCUCCACGUAGCCCAUACCACAAAGGACCACACUGUCCAUACACAGACCACUGUCCACAGAGAGACUCCAGUCAGACACAGAAACGAACAAUCAGAGCAAAAGAGGCAGGGACACGCGAGGCAUAGCAGAUGCACGGUCCCACAGUGACCUGUCUGUGAUCAGCAGGAACACAGACACAGCACAGUGUCACACAGGGCAGAAGGAAACCUAGGCCUCUAAGCCAUGCAGUCACAUUCCUGGUCACAUCUGCCACUACACGGUUACACACCCACCCCAGUGCUACGCAGUGGCCGAGUCCCAUGCACGUCCACACUCACACAGGUACCCGAGAACACCUGCACGCUCACAACCCCCCCGUUUGCACACCGAUCUCCCCAGGGCAGGCACUCCCCCCCACAAACACCCUCACACCUGUGCCUCAUUCAGGAGCACAGGCAGUGCCCACUCACCCCAAUCCAGGCACACGGACCUGGAGUUGCACGCCGCCAAUCCCAUGCUUAGUCCGGCCUUCUCCCUCUUUCCCUCCCUUCCAGGGCUGGUCCCAGAGUGGAACAAAAGCCCAGUGUCCCCUCCUCCCUUCCCCCUCUCCUCUCCCGUCUGGCGUCCAGCGCCUUUGUCCUCCUACAGCUGAGCCUGAGCGGCAGUCUGAGCAGAGUGGCAGGGACAUUGGACCACGGCUGCCAGAGGUACAAGGGGCAGGACAGGAGUGGCCCGUGCACGAGCAGCAGCUGCGGGGCACUUGGGAGAGGGUGUGGCCAGCAGGAUGCUGGAGGGCCCGGUGCGGGAGGAGCCAGAGCUCGGCACCGAGGCACCGUGCGCGGGCUCCUGCCACGCGCAGCGCGUCCUGCAGACCCUCAACGCGUACCGGCGGAGCGGCACCCUCACCGACGUGGUGCUGCGCGCUGGCGGCCGCGACUUUCCGUGCCACCGAGCUGCGCUGAGCGCGGGCAGCGCCUACUUCCACAGCCUGUUCGCGGCCGGGCGGCUGGAGCGCGGCCUGGCCGUGGUGCCCGUGAUGCCCGUGGUGCCCGAGACGCCGGGCACGAGACCAGCGGGGACGGCGGCGGCGCUGGCUGUGGUGCUAGACUACGUGUACGGCGCGGGCGUGCGGCUGCGCGCCGAGGAGGAGGCGGCCGCCGUGCUGGCGCUGGCGGAGCGGCUGGGCGUGGCGGGCCUGCGCGAGGCCUGUGCACGCUUCCUCGAGGGCCGUCUGCGCGCAGCCAAUAGUCUGGCGCUGCAGCGCGUGGCCGCUGCCUUCUCGCUCGCCUCGCUGGCGGAGCGCUGCGGCCACGUGCUGCGCCAGGCCUUCACCGAGGUGGCGCACCACGCCGACUUCCUGGAGCUGGCGCCUGACGAGGUGGCAGCGCUGCUGGCCGACCCGGCGCUGGGCGUGGCGCGCGAGGAGGCCGUGUUCGAGGCGGCCAUGCGCUGGGUGCGGCACGACGCGCCGGCCCGAUGCGGGCAGCUGCGGCGCCUGCUGGAGCACGUGCGCUUGCCGCUCCUGGCCCCGGAAUACUUCCUGGAAAAGGUGGAGGCCGACGAGCUGCUGAAGGCCUGCGGCGAGUGCCGUCCCCUGCUGCUCGAGGCCCGUGCCUGCUUCAUCCUGGGCCGAGAGACCUGUGCACGGCGGGCCCGGCCUCGGAGAUUCAUGGACCGCGCUGAAGUGAUCGUGGUCAUCGGCGGUUGUGACCGCAAGGGGCUCCUAAAGCUGCCCUUCGCAGACUCCUACCACCCAGAAAGCCGGCACUGGACCCCACUGCCCAGCCUGCCCGGCUACAUGCGCUCAGAGUUCGCCGCCUGUGCUCUCCGCAAUGACAUCUACAUCUCCGGAGGCCACAUCAACAGCCGUGAUGUGUGGAUGUUUAGCUCCCAUCUGCACACGUGGAUCAAGGUGGCCUCACUGCACAAGGGCAGGUGGAGGCACAAGAUGGCAGUCGUGCAGGGGCAGCUGUUCGCGGUGGGCGGCUUCGAUGGCCUGCAGCGCCUGCGCAGCGUGGAGCGUUACGACCCCUUCUGCAACACCUGGGCGGCCGCGGCGCCCCUCCCGGAGGCCGUGAGCUCAGCAGCUGUGGUGCCCUGUGCCGGCCAGCUCUACGUGAUCGGGGGUGCGGGGCAGGACGGCGUCAGCACGGACAAGGUGCAGUGCUUUGACCCCAAGAAGGACCGGUGGAGCCUACGGUCGCCAGCCCCCUUCUCACAGCGAUGUCUUGACGCCGUCUGCCUGGAGGAUACCAUCUACGUGGUAGGGGGCCUCCUGAGCAAAAUCUUCACCUACGACCCUGGUGCAGACGUCUGGAGGGAGGCAGCUGUCCUCCCCAGCCCUGUGGAGAGCUGUGGCGUGACUGUGUGUGACGGGAAGGUCCACAUCCUUGGUGGGCGGGAUGAGCAUGGGGAAAGCACCGACAGGGUCUUCACCUUUGACCCCAGCAGUGGGCAGGUGGAGGCCCAGCCGUCCCUGCAGCGCUGCACCAGCUCCCAUGGCUGCGUCACCAUUGUCCAGAGCCUGGGCAGGUGACUCACACUGGGGCGACCUGAGCCAGGAGGCAGAGAGAAGGGACAACUCACUACUCUGCUUCCCUCAUGGCACCUCCAUGUAAAUAGCCGCUUCACUUAUUGCCCCCUUCUUGUAGAAAUAAAACCUCAUUCAAAGGUUGGGUCUGUG